CGGUUUCAUCAUGAAAAGGAAGGGUUAGAAGCAAUAAGUCAUUAAUUAUGAUUUUGUUUUGUACAAUAAGUCAUUAGUUAUAAUUAUUAAGUCACUCUGAAAGCAAGGCGCUCGAGCAUACAUUUAUCACUGGAGAAAGCAGUUUAAAUGAAUAUAUACAGAGUUUUACAUUUUGUAUAGCUGCAAAGCUUGAAGCCUGCAGAUCUUGGGGGGAAAAAUGUCUUCUUUUUUUACUUGUUCUUCCCUCCAACUCACCCUCAUCAUCAUCACCAUCAUGGUCUCUAUUUUCUCGCCUUAUGCUGAGACCGAGCAGCGUCUCUUCAAGAAGAUCUAUGCCUUUGGUGAUUCAUUCACCGACACCGGCAACACCAGGUCUAUGAGUGGUCCAAAGGGUUUUGCUCAUGUCUCAAAUCCACCAUAUGGCAUCACAUUCUUUCACAGACCCACCAACAGGUACUCAGAUGGGCGUUUGGUCAUUGACUUCGUAGCUCAAGCACUGUCCUUAUCCUUCUUGCCACCUUAUCUUAACAUCAAGGCAACUAAUGGUUCUUCUUAUGGUGUCAACUUUGCUGUUGCUGGCUCCACAGCAAUCAACCAUGCUUUCUUUGUCAAGAACAAUCUCACUCUUGACAUCACUCCUCAAUCUAUCCAGACUCAGCUUAUUUGGUUCAAUAAGUACCUUGAGAGGCAAGGCUGUGGGACUGAAUGUAAAUCAGAAUUUGAUGAUGCUUUGAUCUGGGUUGGCGAAAUUGGUGUCAAUGACUAUGCUUACACUAGCUUUGAAUCUUCUGUCUCAAGCGACACCAUAAGGAAACUUUCCAUCUACAGCUUUACUCACUUUAUGCAGGGAUUGCUGGAUAAGGGUGCAAAGUAUGUUGUAGUGCAAGGACUGCCAGCAACUGGGUGUUUGACACUGGCAUUGGCAAUGUCUCCUGACUAUGACAGAGACGAGAUAGGCUGCGUCAAGAGUGUGAACAACCAGAGCUACACUCAUAAUGUUGCUCUCCAAUCUGCUUUGGAUGAUCUGAGAAGACAAUAUCCUCAGGCUGUCAUCGUUUACGCAGACUACUGGAACGCGUACCGGAUGGUGGUGGAGAAUCCAGACAAGUACGGAUUCAAGGAGGUAUUCAAGGUUUGCUGUGGAACCGGGGAGCAGUCUUACAACUUUAAUGUGUUUGAUACAUGUGGAACUCCUUCUUCAAGUUCUUGCCAAAAUCCAUUUCAGUAUAUAAACUGGGAUGGAGUUCAUCUAACAGAGGCAAUGUAUAAGGUUGUUGCUGACAUGUUCCUUAAUGGAAAUCUCAGUCAUCCUCCAUUCAAUUACUUGUUAGAAAGAAAACAGCAUCAGGGUUGAUCAUCAGUAUCAGAUGUUUUCAGUAACAGCAUAUCUGUUAUAAUUAUCUUGUUCAGAUAAAUAUAAUAAAACUUGAGCUAGUAGCUCUGUUAAAGCAA